AUGGCUUCCGAGGCUGCCACCAAUGCAUGCGAGCUGCUGAAGAAAGUGUUCCCUGAGCGGGUCACAACCCAGGAAACGCAGGAAGCGUUCCAGGCCGAGCGAGAUAGACCAUGGUCUCAGACUUGCUGGAUUCCGUCGGCUGCUUACGUCGUACUGAACGACACCCACGAGGUCGUCACGGCGCUUGCGAUCAUCAAGAAGACUGGUUGCAAAUUUUCCAUCCGUACUAGUGGGCACAACCCCAAUGUGGGCUUCAGCAGUGUCGACGGAAGCGGCGUUGUUCUUGACUUGCGAGGACUGAAUGAGAAGACGCUGGGCAGUGAUGGUGUCUUGCACGCUGCAGGUGGAUGUAUUUGGGGUGAUGUCUAUUCUUUUCUUGAGGAGCACGGGAGAUCUCCUAUCGGAGGUCGUGAGAGACAAGUUGGGCUGGGAGGCUUCCUGACUGGUGACGGAUCCAUUGUGGAGGCCAACGCCAACACCAACUCUGACCUCUGGCGCGCCCUCAAAGGCGGCACCUCAAACUUCGGCAUCGUGACUCGCUUUGAUGUCAAUACUCACCCACUCAUCAAAGCCAAGUUCACUAUCAAGCUCUACGACCCGUCAGACUACAUCAAUAUCAACGCAGCCACAGUCAAAAUCCAAGAGGCGAUGGAAAAUGACCCAAAACUGAACGUCUUCACUAACUACAACAAGCAAUUCGUGGCUGUCAUCAUGAUCUAUGCUGACUCUCCUCCCGAGAUGCCUCCCGUUUUUGAAGUAUUCGAGAGGCUAUCUAGCCACUUGAACACGGCCGUGCCUCCAACUGACGGCACUGUUUUGACUCUUGUCCAGACCUUGUCCGAAAUGGGACAUGUUCCGCAGUCGCUCAGCCGCAAAAUCGGCACAGUAACUACCAAAGUCUCUGCGGGACUCUACGAUGAAGUGAACAGGAUCUGGCAGAGUGUAGUCAAAAAGGUUCCAGAGGGAGGAGCACUUCACUACACAAUUCAGCCCCUGGCAUCAGCCGCUGUCAAGGCCGAGUGGCCCCAAGAUCUUCCGGGUGGGUCAGCUAUUAGGGAGGCACACAACGAGCUUAUUCAGGCAGUGAAGAAGACUGCCAAGGACAAGGAUCUUCUCUUGGAUUUUAUGUGCCCAAGCUUUGCGGGCGCGGAGCAGAAUGUUCUGCAAGGCUUUGGCGAGGAGAAUGUUCAGAAGCUCAAGGAGGUCAGUCGCAAGUACGAUCCACAUGAGGUGUUCCAGAAGUUGCAGAAUAAUGGGUUCUUGCUGCGGAACAUCUGA